AUGGAACCUGUUGCUCUUCGUUCCAGGCUGAUUCUCCAGAUCUGUCCAAUCCGACAGGUGAUUCUGAUACAGAUGACCAUGCGCUCAACCCCUCGAAGUUCUCGCACAGGUACAACUGGGCUCAGAGCUUGGAGGCAGCAGGGGACUGUUCGAGGAGCACCACGUGUGUGGGACGUUUGCGGUCAUAUCCGUCCGCCUGCGGUGUAG